AUGGCGAAUCUGCCUUCCAUUACAAACCGCAGUAGCGCGGUUGUUAAACCGUACGACUAUUGCCACUGUACGAUGAGUGACGUAUUCAUUCACACGCUGUGUCCUCCCUUCAUCUUAUCGUACGGUGUUUGGCGCAAACUCACUACCACCGCGUCGAGCGGCGGCGUCGUCUAUCGAUCGCGACAAACAACCGGCAUCAGCGUCGCACCACGCUCAGUGCGUCGUGGAAGUCGGUGUGCACCACAUCACACAAUACUCAACAACCGCAGCGACAGCACACGUUGGCGGGGCCCAACCCAAAAUAAUCAACAUAUCGCCAAAACGAUCACGAUGGUCCAGUACUACAUCCGGGAGUCGAUACAGUUCGUUGUGGCGUACGCGCUCUGUGUGUUCUACAGCUUGCGCGUGCUGUUCGGCAUACUGGUGCUGUUCGUUACGAAACCGCACACGAAAUUUUGGACCACAAAGGAACGACCGGUACCGCCGGAUUGUCUGAAGAACCACGAGUACGGUGUGGACAAGUACCAGAAUGCGAAUGGCAUCCGCAUCCAUUACGUGGAAAAGGGAGAUCCGUCCAAGCCGCUCAUGGUGUUUGUGCACGGGUUUCCCGAAUUUUGGUUCUCGUGGCGCCAUCAGCUGAAGGAGUUCUCCAAGGAUUACUGGGUUGUGGCGCUGGAUAUGCGUGGGUACGGUGAUACCGAGAAACCUCAGUACCGCUAUGCAUAUCGCAUCGACAACAUGACAGAGGACAUACGGUGCCUGGUGCGUGCAUUAGGACGCCAAAAGUUUACACUCGUUGCACACGAUUGGGGCGCAGUGAUCGGAUGGCACUUUAUAACGAAGCACAUGGACAUGAUCGACCGAUACAUCAUGAUGGAUGCUCCAUCGCAGAAAAUAGCUCGUAAGCUUUUCUCCACCAGCAAAACACAGUUCAAAAUGUCUUGGUACAUCUUCUUCUACCAAAUGCCAUGGCUGCCGGAGUUCUUUGUGCGGCUUGGGGACUUCCAAAUCUUUAAAAUGAUAUUCAGCCAGCACGGUGGUCCCGAAGUGGUUGAGGCAUUUAAAUAUACCUUCUCCAAGCCGAACGGUAUGACGUACCCGAUCAACUACUACCGGGAGAAUUUCCGGUUCUUCACGAAGAAGCUGACGCCGCCCAGGCCGAAAACGUUUGCCCGGGGACUGUAUUUGCUGGGCGAAAAAGAUCUGUACAUCUCGAAGGAAACGGGCCCGCUCAUGCAGCAGGAGUUUGAGAAUCUUGAGUUCCGUGUUGUGCCCGGUGUCGAUCACUUCCUGCAGCAGCACAAACCCGAGGUGGUUAAUCAGUACAUGCGAGAGUUCUUGUCCAAGAAUUAGUGUACUUUGCGGGCAGGAAGAGUAGAAAUUGUUUUGCAUUUUCUACUGUUUUAUUU